GAGAGAGAGAGAGAGAGAGAGAGAGAGAUCUUUGUAUUAGGCACUGAUUGUUUCUAACUUUUAAGUAUCUAUUUGUUUGAGUCUUACACACGUGUGUUUGUAGUAUAUGUUUUUGCCACCUGAAUGGAGACUCUCACAGGUAUGACCAUACAUACUUACACAUCCAUAAAUAUACACAUUUCUGAUAGUAGAUCUCAGCCUGAGUGCUUGGUGAUAAUGGCUCAGGAAAUAGUGACAUUAUCUAGGCACAGCCAAGUUUUACAAGGCAGGAAUCUGAUGUCUGACAAUUUCCAAGUCACUGCUUUGAGUGAACUGAACCUAUGAGUUGGAGAAACAAAAGAUAGGAUUGGUUGCCUAUGGAGUGCUAAAUUGGUCACAGCUUCCAGGGACCACAGGCACACUCAGAGUCCAGCAUCACAUUCCCACUGGCUUGGACAUAGCCACCCCCAAAGGGUGGCCAUACAAACACCUCCAUGUCAUGCCUUUUAUGGCUCUGAGUUUCUGUUCUAUUUCAUCUUGCCACCAUCAGCAUUUUGCUAAGAAGCAAAAUACCAAGAGACAUUGAAUUAUAUUUUCAAGGGCAUGUAAAUAGGGGGUGUUGAUUUUUUAAAAUACAUUUUGAAGAAGAAUUGAGCACUUAAAAUCAUUUUCAGGUAGGAUGUGUUGGCAUGUUAUUUUAUCUCCAACCCAUUCCCUAAAGCCAUGUCUGUCCCAUUUUAUUUUGAGGGAGAAAAAAGGAUAAAAACCAUCUGAGUGAUAAAGGAGUCACAGUCCCAGUUAUUAUGCUUUAGGUGAUGGUGCUGAGACUUAAGGAGACAAAGAGAAAUUGAGUUACUGUUUGCUGGACCUAUGCCUCUGGACCACAUAGUGUUUCUACAUGUGUGCAUGCAUGUAUGUGCGCGUUCUUGUGUAUGCCUGUGUGUGCAUGCAGGGAUUUCUGUGUGCAUACAGGUACCUACAUGUAGCUGUGUGUUCAUGGUUUUUUCCUGUGUAUGCCUGUGUGUGCAUAUGGGUGCCUGUGUGUGUGCAUUACAUGUUUCUGUAUGCUCCUGUGUGUGCAUGCAUGUGUGUGCAUGCAUGUGCCCCUCUGUGUCCAUGUGUGUUCCUGUGUGACUAUGGGUUGUUGUGUGCAUGUGGAUGCCUGCGUGUGUGCACGUUUGAGAAUUCCUGUGUGUGCCUGAGUUCUGCACGUGCUUGUGUAUGUGUGUAUGCAUGUGUAUGAGGAGCACUUUGGUGAAGGGUCUCUCCCCCAGUAGGCUGCCAGGCACGGGCUCAGAGCAGCCUUAUUGUCUUAGGUUUCGGUUCCUAUCAUGUAGGUGUCUAUACUACGCCACCCACACAGGACAGCAAGUGAGCUGUGAAAUAUAUUCAUUGUUAGAGGACCUGGGAAAUGGCAGCAAGCAAUCGGAGGUAAUAAUGUCCGACAGGCAAGGGAGGCCGCCAACAUUACCUGCAUUAUUUCGGUUGCCUUUUUCAUUAUAGGUUCGGGAAAUAGGCAGCAAUUCGAUUAUGGCAUGAUUUGGGGUGGAAUUGCUUGCGCUCCCUGACCCCGUCACUGGGGGAUCAAACGAGAAGUCAGCUCAAAUAAAGUUUAUAGUGCAUUAACUGGACGGAGCAGAGCCUAACCCACGGAGCACAAUCUUUCAUCUUCCAGGGGUUUGUAACUGCAGCUCAGAUAUAUCUGUACCUUAAGGCAUAGGGAGGAUUGGCUGAGAUGUAUAGGAGUGAGGAGAGGCAACCAAUGGUGUUCAAACCCCUCCCCUUCCAUGUGGGGUUCCGAGUUCCUCUGCAGCCUGGGCGAGCGGUGUGAUUAAUAACACGGAGAGACCUGCUUGUUGGAUUAUUAAUUCUCCAUCCCCUUCGCCUUAUUUUCUUUCUUUUCCCAUAUUCCUGAUGCUUGUCCUUCUGCAUUUUUUCUUUUUGCCUUUUACAAAGCCACGUCAUCCCUCCUCCUCCCUCCCCUGGCCCACCCUUUUGCCUAUGGAGCCAACCACUACCACCUCCCACUGACAACUGGCCACCCAGCCUUGUGCCCACUGGCUUCACACCUGGGGGUAAUCAGGAAGCGGCAGCUGCCCCGGACACGAUGGCUCAGCCUUAUGCUUCAGCCCAGUUUGCUCCGCCUCAGAAUGGCAUCCCCGCGGAAUACACGGCCCCUCAUCCCCACCCCGCGCCAGAGUACACGGGCCAGACCACCGUCCCCGAGCACACGUUAAACCUGUACCCUCCCGCCCAGUCGCACUCUGAGCAGAGCGCCGCGGACACGAGCGCGCAGACUGUCUCCGGCACCGCCACACAGACAGAUGAUGCAGCACCAACGGAUGGCCAGCCACAGACACAACCUUCUGAAAACACGGAAAACAAGUCCCAGCCCAAGAGGCUGCAUGUCUCCAAUAUCCCCUUCCGGUUCCGGGAUCCUGACCUCAGACAAAUGUUUGGUCAAUUUGGUAAAAUCUUAGAUGUUGAAAUUAUUUUUAAUGAGCGAGGCUCAAAGGGAUUUGGUUUCGUAACUUUCGAAAAUAGUGCGGAUGCGGACAGGGCGAGGGAGAAAUUACACGGCACCGUGGUAGAGGGCCGUAAAAUCGAGGUCAAUAAUGCCACAGCACGCGUAAUGACCAAUAAAAAGACUGUCAACCCCUAUACAAAUGGCUGGAAAUUGAAUCCAGUUGUGGGUGCAGUCUACAGCCCUGAAUUCUAUGCAGGCACGGUGCUGUUGUGCCAGGCCAACCAGGAGGGAUCCUCCAUGUACAGUGCCCCCAGUUCACUUGUAUAUACUUCCGCAAUGCCCGGCUUCCCGUAUCCAGCCGCCACCGCCGCGGCCGCCUACCGAGGGGCACACCUGCGAGGCCGCGGGCGCACCGUGUACAACACCUUCCGAGCCGCGGCGCCCCCGCCGCCCAUCCCGGCCUAUGGCGGGUAAGUGGCACAGCCUCCUGGGGGGCCCCAUGCACCUGCCCUCACUCCCCAGAGGCACGGAGUGUUUGCUCGUGCAUGAUGGUCUUGACCGCCCCACCAGAACCGCCCCAGCAUGCAGCCUGGCGCGCGCCUGCCGCAGAGCACCUUGCAGAGUUUUGAAAAAUGAGUGUAAUUUGUCCUGUCAUGGUUGGUGCCUUUAAGCAUUCUACAUGUCACAUGUUGUUAUGUAAAUUCUCUUUGAGACUGAAUGCUGGAGAACAGAGAAAUGGUUACAGCCGAAGAUAUAUUUCUGAUGGUUGCAAAAAUCUGGUUAUUAAGGAGGUUGGACCACUUUUACCCCCCUUGAAUUCAAAGGGACAUGAGGUUUCCCAUACAUAAAAAUCACUUGCUCCCCUACCGAAAGACUUUGUGCGCUUCCAGGUUCGUGCACCUUUGCCUGAGAAAAUUAGGUGUUAUGUCACAUGCAGACAUUGAAAAGACCAAUGAAAUCGGAAUUAAUUUGCCUUUUUGCAUUUUCCAAGAUGGCAUGGGCCUUCCUUUCUCCUCUGUGGGGAAAGUGGGAAUUGAUUUAAGCCCUACUGCCCAUUUGGUCCUGUGCAUGGACUUUCAUAUUGCCAAGUGAAGACCAAUAAAGGUGGUGAAUGAUUAAAAAAGAAGAAGAAAAAGAAAAAUGCUGACUUGGUUGAGGACAACCCUGAAGUGCUACUCUCUCUUUAUCCUCUGGGGUCAUGGGGGGAGGGAUGUCUCUAAGGCAACAGCCUAGAAGAGAGGAUAGUUGCAAAGUCCAGAGACAUUAUUGGCUGUCACAAAGGAAUGGAGUGAGGCAGUGGUACCCGGGAUGCACUACAGAUCCCUAAUCCAUAGUCAAUUAGGCUUCAGUUGAGAACUCUCCUGUAUGAAAAGUUGAGCUAUACCCAAGCGUCUGAAACGGGGUUUCCCUGCCAUUGUGACUACCUUUCUGAUCUAUGGAUCUUUCUUGAUCUACAUUCAAGACUGUACUAAAAGGGUUAAGUGCAUUUUCUUAAAAGCUUUGUUGCUUAUAAAUUUUUUAGAAAAUCUGAAUUAGCCUAGGUCAUCUUUUACACUGAUGACAAAGAGAAAUACUCUUGUUCUCAUUAUUUAUUCAUCUCUCACCCUUCCAAAAUAGUGCAUUUGAAGUGUCUGAAAAAUAAAGACAAUGAAACCAUGUGAAGAAUAUAAAGAAAUGAAUCUAGAUGAAAUCAUCAAAAAGGAAAAAUAAAGGCAAAAAAGUAAGACAGGGUCCAUCAAGUUUCUUGUAUAAGUCAUUCAAGUUGACUCAAUUCUGAGCUUUUUAGUGGAUAAAACAAGAAAUUAAAAGUAGUGUAAACUAGAUGCAGUGGCCCACGCUUGUAAUCCUAGCUACUAGGGAGGCAGAGAUUGGGAGGAUCAUGGUUCAAGCCCAGCCCAGGGAUAAAGUUUGC